AUGAAUAAGGUCACGUGUAAAGAUGGAGACGCAUUCGUUUACACUUUAGAGAAAAUAAAGGAUGAUGAUGUGUCUAUUGAGAACGUGGACUUGUAUACACCCGAUAAUAUGCUUACUGAAUAUGUAUUUGGUAGACAUUGUCAAACAAUUGGUUACAUAAGUAUAAAUAACAUGUCGUUACUUUCAUUAUCAUUCAAAUUUAUCAUGUGUUGGCCGGGUUGGGUGACAUACUUGGAAGCAAUAAAUAUAGUUGAUUGUGAUAUAGGAGAAAUGUUGCCAUCAGAACUUCCCUUUUUCAAAUAUUUGCAGGACUUUACUAUUACACGUGGGAAAUUUUUGCAAGUUAAAACCAAUCACUUUAAGAAUUCUUAUACUAUGGGUUUGCAUUUGACUUACACAGCUUUGUCGGCAAUAGAAAAAACUUCAUUUGCCAAUAUGAAAAACUUAAAUGAGGUCAAUAUAUCCCAUAAUAAUAUAAAUGAAUUGCCAAUGGAUUUAUUUCAAGGGACAUUUUAUAUUACUGUCCUAGAUAUUAGCUAUAAUAAACUGAUCACCAUACCUAAGGAAUUAUUUAAAGGUUUCAAAAUUUUGAAAGAACUGUACCUUCAGAAAAAUUCCCUCAAGGAGAUUUCUUUUCAAAGACCCGAAAAAUUAUUCCCAAUUAUAAGUGUAUUAAAUGUGUAUGGAAAUGCAUUAACUACCAUUGAGAUGGUUAAGAUUGAAAUUUAUAAUUUAGUAUUAGACAACAAUCAAAUAAGAAACCUUUCGGAUUCUGCAAUAUAUUAUCCCUCUUUAUCAAUGUUUUCCAUUUUGAAUAAUCCACUGGUCUGCGAUUGUCACAGCCUGAUAUACCUAAUAAAGUAUAGAGAUUGGGCCUUAAGCUCAAGACCGUAUAAGUUGUUCAACGUUAAAAAAUACGAACAGGCCAAAUGUUUGUUAGACACUGGUUACAAAUUCUUGAAAGAAAUUAUCUUAGAAAAUCUAUGCCCAAUUCAAAAUAACUGUUUCUACCAACAAAAAGCCCUGAUUUGUGAAAAUACAUCUUUAGCGGAUGUUCAAAAAUACUUUAAAUUGCAACCAAAAGACAUUAUUACCAUGAUGCUCAUUAAUGUUAGCGUUAUCACUUUAAAUGGAUCCGAUGUUUUUUGCAAAGUUGAAAGUCUAUCAAUAAAUCAAUCCAAAAUCAGUACAAUACCUUCCAAUUUUUUUGGUUGUUUUAAAAAUAUAUCAGACCUUUCUCUAUCUCUCAAUCAUAUUUCAGAAAUCAAAGAAGGGGCCUUUUCAGUUAUCGAUCAUUUAAUCCAUCUAAAUAUCGAUAGAAACGAAAUAAAAGAAAUAACGCAAAAUUAUUUUGGAAAAAAUUACGAUGUAAAAUUUAUUAAUAUCUCUAAAAACAGUUUAACAAACAUACACAAUCAAUCAUUUAUCAACCUAAAUAAAUUAAUAGUACUUGAUCUUUCAAACAACAUGCUAAAAAGUUUAGCGAUUAGGUAUCCAUCCUCAAUCAAGGUGUUAUACUUGCAUAAUAAUCUGUUAUUAACGUUGCCCGCCAUUUUAUCGAAAAUUAUUUAUGUGACCUUUUUUAAUAAUUUACUGGAUUGCAAUUCCUUAGCACCCUUUAUAAAAAGCUCCUACAUUCAGAAUCAAUCCAUUUUGACUAACAUAACUAAUUUGGUGACUGACUAUCAUAUUUUAGAGGUAGCUCAAACCAGUUGUCAAAUAAAUUGUCCAAAUCUUAACGAAAGUAAGGUACUUUACGUCAAGUCGUUGAAAAAUCUCGAGAUGGUAAAUGAUAGUUGUAAAUUUUUGCCAUCACUCCCGACUAACCGAGAUGUUUAUAUAAUAAAUUAUACCCAAAUAAAUAAUAAUACACGUGGUGGUUUUACUGUUAUAAAUUUAUUUAAAUGGAACGGCAAUGGCAGUCGAGAAUUGUACAGAAAAGUCGUCAAUGACUCAUAUGACACUAACAUUAAGAAAAAGGACAAGCAUGUUGAUAGCAAUAUAAUAGUGCUAAUCAUCAGUAUAAUCGUAUCGCUAGGUAUAUUUUUAUUCACAGUUUUGUUGUUUUACAAAUACCGAGAAAAGUCCAGAUUGGCUAAAAGGUUAAAAGAGGAUUAUUUAAACUAUAAUACCUUGUACGAGUACGGCCCUGAACAAUAUAAUUACAAUGAUGCCCAGGACACUCAAAUGAGUUAUGAUAAUGAAGAUAAUUUUAAAUAUUCAGAUAAAGAUUUAAAAUAUCAUAGCCCUUCACAUAAAAUAGAAAAGCGAAGUUCUAGUAUAUCUUUGUCAGAUGAAAACGAAGACUCUUACAAUAGAAAUAGACUUUCGGAAAUAGAUCCAAACACAAAUGGCAUCGAUAGCGUGAGUCCAUCCUAUGAUUCAUAUAAUUACGAUGAUUUAGCCACCUCAGGUUAUGAUAUGCAAAUGCUAAGGAAGGAUGGCUCAGAACUGGAUGAGAAUGAGGUUCGAAAGCCCUCGAAAUCAUUUGCUAAUUACGUUAUCGACGACAAAUCAUCCGAUUCCAAAGUCAAUCAUUUCGCGCUUUACAAAGACAAAAUGGGCGAGAUAUUUCCUAAGGAAUUGAAACAUUGGAGCAUUCGAGAUAUUAACGAGGUAGAACUCAAGUCGGAUAAUGAGGAUUUUGGGUCCGGGUCAGGGGGUUUAAGCCAUUAA